CACCAGCAGCACCUGUGGCAGCAGCAGAGCCGGGCCCGCCGGCCCUGCGGGGAGCCAACCCAGCAGCAGCAGCAGCAGCAGGAGGGGCCCAAGAAGCAGCAGCGGCCGGAAGAGAAGGAGCAGCAGCAACGUGGGGAGCAGCAGCACUCGGACAGGCUGAGCUGCAGAUCUUCCAGCCUGGACUCUGUUGUGCAUUCCGUGUCUUCUUCUUCAUCUGUCAGCUGGGCAGCCGCCAGCACUGCUGCCACAGACCCUAGUUUAGGGUUUGCUCCUGGCAAGGGCUGCUCGCCCAGCCAGGGGCCCCUCACGGGGGUCCCCGGCAGCCCCAGCAGCAUGCGGCUAGAGCUGCCGCGGGGUGCUGAGGAGGCCCUGGGGUUUGCUGCUGCGCAGCCCCCGACGCAGGCGCCGGGAGCCUGCGCCGACGCAGGUGCUGCUGCUGCUGCCGCUGCUGCGGAAGCGGAAGCAGCAGCAGCGCUGCUGCUACCGGCGCCAGAGAGGGCGGCGGCGAUUGCAGCGCAGCAGCAGUGGCGGGGGCGCGCGGAGUGUAUGUACAGCGUGCUGGGGACCUUGAGGCUGCUGCUAAGCCCCAGACAUGGGGCUUUGCGGGGCCGCAUGCAGCUGCUGGCUUCUGUGGGGCCGCGGCUGCUGCGGAGUUUCCUGUACUACUUCUGCGCUGCGCCGCCUGCUGCUGGCUGCUGCUGCUGCAGCAGCUGCAGCGCGAGAGCCGCGGGAGACCCAGUGCUGGUGCAGGCCCUCUUCGACGCCCAGGGAGCCAGCUGGCUUCUUAAGAGAGGAGUAACUGCAACACUUGCUGCUGCUACUCCCGAGAAUCUGCGCGUGGUGCUGAGCAGCGCGCGGCCGCAGACGCUGCUGCUGCUGCUGCUGGCCCUCAGCAGGCCCCGCCCGCAGCAGGAGGCCUUCGCUGCUGCCCUGCUGCAGGUCUUGGAGGAAAGCAAAACUGGCAAAGUGCUGGUCUUGCGGCUUCUGCACGAGACCCGGGCUGUCUGGCCCAGGCGGGGGGCCUCCCAGGGGGCCCCCGGGGGCGUCGAAGAGGGGGCCCCCCACGGAAGUGCAGCGGCCGAGCUGCUGCCGGGCUGCCAGUUCCAGCUCGAGGCGGCGGGGGGCCCCUUGGGAGAGCUGCAGCUGGGCCCGCUGCCCGCAGGGGGCCCCCCUGAGGCCCCCCCGGGGGGCCCCGUCUCUGCAGACGCACUGGCAGCAGAAGAUGGGGGGACUCAUAUCCUCGAAAGUCUAGGCAUUCGCUCUUGUGGCCUGAGGGCUGUUGGGGCUGCAAACUCUGCAGCAGCAAGAGUGGGGGAGAGCGACUGGGGGGAGCGCUGCGGGAUUUUCGCCAGGAGGCGCUACAAGCACGGCCGGCUGCAGCAGCAGCGGCAGCAGCAGCAUCAACAGCUCCCCAGCCUGGGCACUGACCCCGCUGCACUGCAGGGAGCGUGUGACAGCCUGUCUUCUCUCCAGGGCAGCGGCUUUUGGCCCUUUCUUUCUUGUCUUCUCAGGAUGACGGAGACGCAGCUGAAGGGGGCCCUUGAGGGUUCUUCGGGGGCCCGUUUCUCUUUCGAGUCUCUGUUUGCAGCGCCGGCUGCUGAGCAGCAGACUUGCUGCGCAGGCAGCAGCAGCAGCAGCAGCAGCAGCCGGACCGCAGCAAGUCCUUCGAACCCCCGGGCCCCCGUCUGCAGCGCCUGGGGCCCCUGCUGCAGCAAUGGUCCCUGCGGGGGGGCCUCCAAGCCCCUCCAUGGCUCCCCAGGCUUCACUCUGGGAGUCAUAGCAAAUCCCCGGCUUGUGGGGCUGCCCACGGGAGCAGCAACUGGCGGCGAGGGCUGCGCCUGUGUGGAGAUGCACCGGCCCUCCUUGUGGAUCCCGCUGCAGCACCGUCUGCAGCAGCUGCACGACGCUCUGUACCGCAGAGAGGACCCUCUUGCUGCAGUUCGGGGGCCCCCAAAGGGCGUCCUGGAGGACUCGCUCGCAGCCGGGACAGGCAGCAGCAGCAGCAGCAGCAGCAGCAGCAACCCGGCUGCGCGCGUGGCUGCGCACUUGGCGCGGCAGGCAGCGGAGCUGUGGCUCUCGUGGCUGCUGCGGCGGCUGCAGCCGCGGCGAGGGGACCCCCUGGGCCUCGGAGUGAAGUUCGGCGAAGGCCGCAGGGGCCCCAGUGAAGCAGCAGACCCAGCUGCGGG